AUGUAUGUCCAUGUGGUUGGAGCAAGAUUGGUAAUAAAUGCUACAAGUUUUUUGCAAUAAGUGCGAAUUGGAACGUUGCACGUUCGUCAUGCCAACAGAAUGGUGGAGACUUGGUUAUAAUAUCGAGUUUGAUUGAGAGCAAUCUCUUGGCAAGAGAAGCAAAAAAACGCGGAUUGGUUGCAUCCUGGAUUGGAUAUUUUAGGUACGUAUAUGUGGUUCAUUACUGAACAAUUUCUGGGUAGUACAAUUUACUGCAUAAUAAAGAUAUUGAAAUUUCAAUCCAUUCUAUUUGAUUGUCUAUUUGUUUUUGCCGUCAAGGAAAUUUGUCCACUCAAUUUUCAAGAUAUCAUUUUUAAGUUUAAAAUAACGUUAAAUAUCAUUUGAAAUUCAGUAGUCGUUAACUUCUUGGCACGGAUGUGCUCGUGUGGUAAAAAAGUUAUCUGAUCAUGCGAAAAAAGGCGAACACUAUGAUUAUGUAUACACAAGCAUAGGAAGAUUGGUUAGGUUGGGUAGGGGCUAGAAAAACUUCAGGGAGUCCAAAAACAAGCUUCAAUGCCAUCGUUCUGAGUCUGAUAUACAAACUUAGACAUAUCGGACGACAAAGAAUUUCGCACUUUCAUAUUUAGUUUUCCAAUUCUAAAGUUAUAGGUGGCUUGUAGCUCCCUCACUUCUACUUUUGGUGAGGUGUAGUUACCCUUGUCCCCUUCUGGAUUCCAUUGGCUGCUUAUGCUGUGUAAUAGAAAUCUAUUGUACAGUCGGUGGCGCAUUAUGAUACCGGCUUCAUUUUUUAUACGGAACAGUGGUAUUAUGUUAUAAUCCAGUCAAUCUGUGACCAGAGGUCAAAGAAUCAGUGGUAAAAUAAGAGGGAAGGUGUCCUGAUUAACAUACUAAAAAUAAAAAAAAUCCCUUCGGUGGAACAUGGUGAAAAUCGAGUUUUUCUUACUUUUGCCUAUAGAAAACCAUUGUGGACAGAAUGUUGAAAUUUUGAAAUCAUUUUUAGGCAAAUGUAACCUACAUUAUUGGAAAGCUUAGAAAAAACUAAAAUAUAGAUCAUUAAACGGUUAUAUUCAAUUUACUGAUCAGUUUGUCGUUGUUGGAAAAAUAGUGCAAAAUUUGCACAAAAUACAAAUGUAUGGCAUUUUAAGUCUUGUAUAACUUCGGCUGGAUAGGCAAAAGCAAGAUAACCGUUUAAUGACCUAUAUUUUAGUUUUUUCUAAGCUUUCCAGUAAUGUAGGUUACAUUUGCCUAAAAAUGAUUUCAAAAUUUCAACACUGUUCUGUCCACAAUGGUUUUCUAUAGGCAGAAGUAAAAAAAAACCGAUUUUCACCAUGUUCCACGUACCGAAGCGAUUUUUUGGGAUUUUUAGUAUGUUAAUCAGAACAACUUUUCUCACACUUUACCACUGAAAACAAAUCUAUUGCGAUUACUUUGAUCAGGAACAUUUACUUAUAUAUAUGGUGAUUUGACUGGACUAUUAGGUAACGUUCUUGUGGUAAAAAUGGCAAAUCGUUACCAGUCCGCUGUGCUACGCGUAUCUUAAUUCGCUUCAUAAUCUAUGAUAUAUCAGCACCUAGCCUUUAUAAUUCUUCACUUUCAUGGUGUCCAUGUCACGAAAAUGUGACUAAUCAUAUAUUUGAUAUUUAUUACUAUAGACCACGUGAUCAGUCUGCUGACAAGUUCCUUUCUGUCUGUGGAGUAAAACCAACAUAUACAAAUUGGGCGGCCGGUGAGCCAAACGAUUCAGGCGGCCGAGAGAAUUGUGCACAUAUUUACACUGCAGGAGUCAAGGUGGGACAAUGGAAUGACGGAACAUGCUCUAGUAAAAUUCAUUACAUUUGUGAAUUCAAUUAUCUUAGAUGUAAGUAAAAUAUCUAUUUAUUCAUAUCUACAUAUUAUAAAAUAUUUGGAGGUAGAUAGUGCUUUUCGUGCAAUUUGAUAGGUUGCUCAACUCUAGAAUAUUUUGAUUCACCGACAAAUCGAAACAAUUAAAAAUGGGUUCCUGGCCUAUUUUCUUUCGGUUUCUGUCGAGCAAUUUCUUUAGUACACGAAGUUGCAGCUGUGGUUCCCCAAUCUUUGCACUUAUUCACUUCAAUUUCCACGAAUAAUUGUUUAAUAGCUCGCUAGCAGAGAAAAUAAGAUGACCGCACAAAAAAUACUGGAGUCUUGCGAACUUGAAAGCAGCAAGUUAUUCGCUUCUUAUAGGCUUAAUUGUUCAAAGCGAUUAAUUUUAAAACUAAUGAUGCUGAAAGAGCGAAGAUAUAAAUAUGAGCAGAAUAUCUAUGGAGAAGAUUUAGUCCAUUUAGUUUACAAGCACUUGUUUUCUUGUUUUGUUUAAUUUAAAAACAGCAACAUUUGAAACAUUGUCAUGUCGUAUAAGGCUGAUACCUGAUGGCCACCUCUGUGGUACGCACCUUCUCGGCUAUCAGCUCAUGCAUAUACGACUCGAGUUCGCAGAGUAACAUAACAAUUAAAUAUCCGGUAGUGGUCACGUUAUUUUCAUGACGGCUCUGUAAUGUAUAUCAUUUCGUUUUCGUUUAAAUUAUGUUAAAUCACUCUAAAAACAUAUACCUAAUGUAUGGAUUGAGUUUCGUUGAAGCAUUCAAAGUAACUAUACGCUUUUAACAUUCUUUGUUUAAAUAGAGGAUGCGUAGCCAGUUUGAAACAUAAUUUAUUUAUUAAACGUUCUCUGACUAAAUAUUUAUUUCUACGAGCUUUUGGCUAUCAGUCUAUAGCCUUCGACGGGUGUAUACACCCGUCGAAGGCUAUUUAACAAUCAGACAACGAAGCCGAGUUGUCUAUGAGCGAAUAGUCAACGAGGCGAAGCCGAGUUGACUAUUCGUUCAGAGACAACGAGGCUGAGUUGUCUAAUUGUUUUAGUAUAAACCACACAAAGAAAACGGAAUCUUUCACUUGAUUUUUAUGUAAAAUAAUAACGUUUUAACAAAGUGAGCGUUUAAAUGGCUUCUUUUGGCUUUGCUGACAUUUCGCCUUGGCUUUGUUGACAACUACUCAGUGUUGCGAACUCCCAAGAAUGACUUGAAAAAUACAACUUGUGAGUUUUAAAAAAGUUAAAAAACAUGUCGUAAAACAGUAUAAUAGUAAGAGACCGUUAUAGAAGCAAAUUUUGGUUAAUUAAAACUUAUUUAAAAGAAGCAAACAAGGCUUAAAAAGUCCAAAAUUUCGAACACAAAAUGGCUUCCCGAAUUGUUACUAAAUUAGUAAAUAAAGUUUACGUUAAAAAGCCGUAUAAAAAUGCACACACAUGCAAAAGAAUCCGAUUAUCCGAAUGUCGUUGAAAUCUUUAAAAUAUCUGGAACAUAAAGAGGCAAACAAUUUCCAUAAUCUAGUGUAUACAUAGACAAUAGUUAUAAAAAGGCUCGAAAAAGCGAAAAACAAACUCGGCCAAAAUCUCAAAAUUUAAACGAAAAAAACUCUUUAAAAUGACAGCUAAAUACAUGAACUCGUACUUAAAACAAGCACACACUAAAGAGGUUGAGAAAACAGGGGUAAAUAGCUUAAAGUAUUCUUGAAUUUCAACAGUUCUGCUUGGAAUAUUAACAAACAUUGUGCAUAUAUUUUAAAAAUUCGCCUGUCACUUUCAUGUUCAAAACUACGAGCAAAGUUGAGAAAACUUAAAAAUUUUACCGCAUGUGUCAGCAGUUUCCAAGAUUCUUUGUUUGUGUGUAAUCCAGAACCAAAACUAGGCCAUUUUGAUAAGCUUUUUCCCUUUAAAUGCAGCUUUUAAUACUUAAAAACGGCCAUUGACUCUCGCGCCCUUCGCCGCUUGUUGCUACUAGUAGGCUAUCACUAAUAGCCUACUAGUAGCGUAGCCAAUCAGAACGCACGAUAUAUGAUAGCCUACUAGUAGGUUUAUACUAAAGACUGAUAGCCGAAAGCUCGUAGAAAUAAAUAUUUAGUCAGAGAACGUUUAAUAAAUAAAUUAUUCUUUGUUUAGUUACUGUAUUUAAGCAAAUUCGCAGCCGAUGCAUGCGUGAUCUAAAUUUAUUCGAAGUAGAAGAACUGGGGGCUUGAGGUCAUCCCUCACAAAUAUUUUCAAAUUUGCCAUUCCCCAGGAUAGCAUUUUCGACAUUUUCUGAAGCGAAUUGGCCUGGAAAUUGCUACAAUUUUAGGAUUUAUUAGAAAUAACGUAAUAUCCUUCUUAUUUCCUUCCUGACAACAAAAUUCCUUCCCAUUUCCUUGAAAAUUUUAUUUCCUUGCACAUUUCCUUGCAGAGGCCAAAAUCCUUCCUUUUGCAAGUAGCAAAUUAAAUCACUCAAUUUCAAAAAUAUGUAUUAUUAUACACUUAGUAUGGAUAAUUCUCAAUAUUCGGUACCUAUUACGUAAUUUCAGCUGCUGACGUGCUCAGAGUCCAAUAAUAGUUUUUUUCUUGGAUCGAACUUGCAUAAAAAAAAAUAUUGGACGCUGUUGUGCCCAAGCUCCGGCGGGGCCAACAAUUCAAACCCAAAAGCGCGCGAAUAUAAAAUAAAUAUACUUUAGUUAUGUCUAAUAAAACAAUUAUUGAAUUCGGCUUUCGCAUGACAUCAAGAAUUAUUCUGACCUUGGUCAAUGUUAUCCGCCUCAGCUUCUCUUCGGCAGAUAACAUUGACCUCGAUCUGAAUAAUUCUACGAAUUCGAGUUGAAUAUGAACUGAUAGCCGAUGAGGCGCCUAGCGCCGAAUCGGCUAUCGCUCAUAUUCGACAAGAGUGAGUGGAAUAACUGUUUUAUUAUAUACACAAGGUCAGAAUUCACAGACUUUGCUUUUCGGAUAUUUUCAAUAUUUUUCUAUUUUGUUUAUGUUUUUUAUCUUCGCUCUUUCGGCCGAUUAUUUUUUCAAAAAUAUGUAUUUUUAACCAAUUUAAAUUUUAAAAAUUCAUUUACUAACCAGUAAACAAUUUGUUGGAGUUUUUUCAUUGUUUUUAAUCCUGUAAAGGCUAUAAAAAGCGAACAACUUGCCAUUUUCUCGUUCGCAAAACGUCGGAAAUUCAAUUUGAGCCACCUUUGUUUUCCUCUACUAUAACAGGAUAUGAGCUAUUAGUAUUUUUGCACAAGUGAACAUGCAUAACACAUCCUACAAGUUGAUUGGUCAAAUUUUAUUCAGACCUUGGUCAAUGUUAUCCGCCUCAGCUUCGCUUCGGCAGAUAACAUUGACCUCGGCUGAAUAAUUAACAGUUACUCUACGAACUCGAGUUGAAUAUGAGCGGAGAACAAGAACAAUAAGAACAUUUAAUUUCUGGCAUGCAUAUUAGUUAUUUUAUGCAUAAUUAGCAAUUCACCUAGGAUGGUGCAUGGUCAUUUUCUUGCAAAAUAUUAUACUUAGACAAAUUUUUCAUUCCAAUAACCACACCUAAAAGCAACCAUUCUAAACACUAUAAGCACUUCAGAAAGGCUGUCGCUUUUCGUUUUCAGAAGUUGGAGCUAUGUCGACACUGCCGUUUCAGGGCGGGGUCAUUUUCAGGACUUUCGCUCCGUAUUCAGGUUUUGGCACAUAUGCCAUGUUGAACGCCAUGGUCAUUUUACCCUAAAACAGUUGAGAUUACCUGUGCUAAAUGAAACGCAUACAAACAUCUAGGUAUACAAGUCCUAGACUACAUUGAUAACUUUCAUAAACAUCCCUCUAACAUGACGUUCUAGAUCUUUAAAGCGAGUCACAAGUGUGCAUAUGUGACCUAUAACAGUAACGCGUCGUGAUUUGUUUGUAGCCUUUAGUUAUUAAUUAUUCGUAAAUUUUACGAAUAGUGGUUCAUGUAAAAACGAAAUGUUAUGCACAGGAUUUUUUAAACAUAUGUAUUAACUGGCAUUAUGUUGGUUAUGAAAUAGUAAAAAAGUAGUUUUCCGUAUGCCGUGCAUAUAUAACGUUCCGUUUUUACUUGAACCAUCCAGACACAAAUAUUGUUAAUCAAAACUGUGUGGCUUUCUUCGUGUUUGGCGACACCAUGCACAGCUACAUUUAGUACAAAGAUUUGCUCGUCUGUAACUGAAAGGAAUUAAAACCGUUUGUUUCUGUUCGAACGUGAAUUAAUAGUGCAACGAUAUCCUGAGUGUAUUCUGAUGACAUACUUAUAGCAUCACUUGUAUGAAACUUAGCCGAUUAACUGGGAUGAUAAUUAAUAGUAAUACUGAGAACAAUUUUGUUGCACUAGUCGACCUUUAAACUUGAUCUUCUCAUAAUAUUUGUUUAUUUUUCAGGUAAUUGA